AUGACAUUGAUUAACAAGUGCUGCUGUUGCCUAAGGUUACGAACCGGUGCCAUGAUAAUUGCGUAUUCAGGCCUAACCGUAGAUAUUUUGGAAUCCUUGUGGGCCAUAUUUAGUAAGGACCAGUUCUGUGGUGAUAUUUUGAUCAUCUGGAUUAUAUCCGCAAUCUGGAGUGUCCUGUCGGAUAUGGUUCUUUUCACAGCGAUUUAUAGGGAAAAUCCAAACCUGCUGCCCGUCCAUUUGGUCACCUGUCUGGGUGGUCUGGUGUUGGAAAUGAUCAGUCACAUGGUGAUUGCUUCUAUUGGCAUGGCCGACACAUACUUGGUGUGCUAUUCGUUCUUCAAGAUAAGCUAUACCACCGCAGACCUGGUUGUCGUGCUGAGCUACUACCAUUCGGAGGUCUAGUCGACCGCUCCGAUUACCCAUUAACCUAGGCGACCGGGGCGCAGCAUGUAGCAUUUUGUGGUGCUCGCGAUUA